CUAUCACCAAAUUAGGAUGUGCGGCAAGGAUAUUCACAAAACUGCUUUCUAGACGCAUGAGCGACACUAUGAGUUCAUGGUAUGCACCGAGUUCAUUUCAAGCAUUAAUGAAUGACAUCCUUAAGCCACUGUUACGGAAGUUUGUGUUGAUCUUCUUCGAUGAUAUUUUGAUCUACAACCGAGACAUUGAGAGCCAUGCGGAUCACUUGCAACAAGUCUUUCACAUAUUAAUCGCUAAUAAGCUUGUGUUAAAUGCCAAGAAGUGCACUUUUACAGUAGUUUCUAUUGAAUAUCUAGGUCAUAUCGUCUCGAUCGAGGGAAUUGCUGCAAAUCCUAGCAAAACUGAAGCUGCAAAUCAGCGGGUGAUGGAUCCAACUCAUCUCAAAUGGACAACGAAGCUGCUGGACUUCGACUUUGAAAUCAAAUAUCGUCUGGGGAUGGAAAUUAAGGCUGCAGAUGCUCUUUCACGGCAGAUGAUGGCCAAUGCUGCUUCGGUAAUGCACGUGAGUCUAUGGAAAACUGUGGAUGCUGAGAUACAAGGAGAUCUAGAGCUGCAAAAAAUAAUAAUGGCUUUGCAGCGGGAAUCUGAGGAUUUUUCAGGCUACUCCUUAAAGAAGGGGAGGUUGUUCUACUUCUAUCAGGGAAGAGCAAUUUUGCCGGCGAAUUCUGCUCAAAUACCCUCCUUAUUGCCCGAGCAUCAUGACAGUGGGUUGGAAGACAUUCUGGAUAUUUUCGAACUUACAAGAGACUCAUUGUGGCUAUCUAUUGGUAAGGGAUGCGGCAACGUGUGAAAGAUUAUGUUGCAACUUUUUCUACUUGCCAACAAGGCAAGUGUGCUGCUCUUAAGCCGGCGGGGAUGCUGCAGCCCUUACCGGUUCCGGAGAGGAUAUGAGAACAUGUGAUGAUGGACUUUGUGGUCCGCUUACCCAAGUCGAAGGGCAUAGACACCAUUUUUGUGGUGGUCAAGCUGCUGAGCAAAUAUCCCCAUCUUAUUUCAUUAUCACACCCUUUCUCGGCGAAGGAAGUGGCUGCGUUUUCAUUGAGGAAAUGGUGAAGCUUCAUGGGUUUCCAAAAUUGAUUGUUUUGACUGUGAUAGGGUUUCAUGAGCAAAUUCUGGUCUGAAUUGUUUCAUGCAGCAGGCACUAAGCUGAAAUACAACACCGCAUUUCAUCCGCAGACCGACGGUUAGACACAGGCGGUGAAUAGGUGCCUCGAGACUUACUUGCGAUGAUUUGUGGGUGGUAUCCGAAGAGGUAGUUGGAGUGGUUACUAUAGGAAGAAUAUUGGUUUAACACAACCUUUAACGUAUCCGCCUAGACUAUGCCAUUUUAGGCCGUGUAUGGGGUGUCUUCCCCGAUUCUAUUCCGUGGAAAAACAUACCCGUUGCAUGUCAAGGAUGUGGCUGUGCUGACAGCCACCAGGGAUGCGAUUUUAGCUGAAUUAAAACAGCAUUUGGCUCAAGCUCAAUUUAGAAAGAAGCAAGCAGCGGAUAAAAAGUGAAGGGAUGUGGAGUUCGAGUUAGGUGAUUAGGUCUAUCUCAAGCUGCAACCUUACUGAAUGUGUUCUUUAGCUCGGAGGAUGAAUGAAAAGCUCAGUCCCUGCUUUUAUGGACCCUUUCAAGUACUUGAGAGAGUGGGGGUGGUGGCAUAUAAAAGUUGGCACUCCCAAAUGGGUGCAAGCUCCACCCGGUCUUCCAUGUGAGCAAAUUAAAGAAGAUUGUCCCAAAACCACAGCAACCUUAGGUUUCACCCUUAAUGAUGGCGGAAGAUAGCAAACUAAUCAUGAAACCCUCAUGUAUUUUGGCAUCUCGAUCAGCAAGGGAUAGUUCCUUGGAGUACUUGGUCCGCUGGCAGGGACUUCUGUCGUGCGAAUACAACUGGAAAGAGGUUGCCGCACUGCGGUGCUCUUUUCCUGAGUUCCACCUUGAGGACAAGGUGGUUGUCCAAAGGGGAGUAAUGAUAGAAACAAGUUUUGUUUAGUUUACAAGGAUAGGUAAAUGGUCUACUUGCUAGUUUUAGUUCCUACUUGCUGUUCUUUGGCUAUUUGUUUGUUCUAUUUGAGCUAAACUAGUAGCCCUGAGGGCAGUAGUCUUAAUCCUAGCUGCGGCCUAUAAAUACUAAUUGAUUAUUUAGUUUUUAGUUUUGUGGAUUUUCUGUUAGAACUCGAGAGGUUGAACUCCCUCCACAGUUGGUAGUUCCAACCGUGUAUUCUAAUAAGGGGUUGUGAUUUGCAAUUCCUAGUUCAUCAAUAAA